AUGUCUCCCACCCCGAAUCCCUACGUCGCAACCCAGCUGCGGCAGCUCAUUUACUAUCACCUCGACAAUGACUUCGUGCAGAAUGCACUAUUCCUUGCUGGCCGUCUGCAUGGGCAAGAACCGCGCAACCCCGAUGCCGCCCACUUGCUUGCUCUCUGCCACCUCCGCCUUGGUCGCUUGAAGGCCGCCUACGACUACAGUCGCGAGAAGGGUUUCCGAGGACAACACAUGGGCUGCGCUUACGUCUUUGCGCAAGCUUGUCUGGGCUUGGGGCGCUUCCCUGAAGGCAUAACGGCGCUGGAUCGCGCGAGAGGUCAUUGGGGAGGCCGGAAUCACUGGAAUAAACAUUCCGAGACGGCGAGGCGCCACCUUCCGGACGCUGCUGCUGUGAACUGCCUUUUGGGAAAGCUGUGGCGAGCUCACGGAGACGUCCACAAGGCAAUUGCAUGCUACGCCGAAGCUCUCAAGCUCAACCCGUUCAUGUGGGAUGCGUUCCUCGACCUUUGCGAGACCGGCGCCGUCAUACGCCCUACCAACGUUUUCAAAAUGUCCCCGGAAAUGUCAGCAUUACUAUCGGCAUCAAGCGCCGUCCCUGACUCUCCACCCGCAAACGCUCUGAAUGCGGCUUCCAACGGAGUGUUCACCCCUACUCAGGAUCUCUUCAAUCCCGGCCGGCCAGAGAAUGUCCAGAGGAACGCGGGCGGACUGUUCGCAAAGUUCAACGCCAUUGCGACGAACGGAAACGGCCAGCAAGUACUCGACGUGGAAACACCGGUUGGCAAUGGUGGAGCCUACGACGAAGACGUCAUGAUGGGCGAAGCAGGCGGAGCACCAAUGAAUCGGGCGCCAAGCGCGGAGCCGCCACACGCACCAGCAAGGAGAUCUCGGCAGGUGCCGUCCAUGACGGACUCUGGAGUAGAAGUUCCCCGAAUGAAGUCGAUAACCACGCGCAGUCGUGUAAGGUCUGGGACGGAUUCCAGCGACCAUGCGGAGCCAGUAAAAUCGUCCAUGGUGGGUGCUCAAAAACGAACCGUUUCUGGUAAUAUGGCCCACGCCAGCACAUCAGCUGGCAACCCUGCGUCUCAACCGAGGAGGAGCCAUCGACUAAUGCAAUCCGUACAAGACCACAUCCGGCCCUCGGGAGGCAGGUCCAUGACUUCAGGAAAAAGUGCGGAGACUCAGGAAAGAGAGAAGAGAGAGCUGAGAAGAGCUCGGCUACCGACUGCGGCAAAGAGCAGCAGGGCUGGUACCUCUGCUGUAGGAAGAGUGAUUAGCGGUAAUAGGAAACCCAUCGAGCCGGCCGAGCGAGACAUGAAGGAAACCCGAUCCCAAAGUGCUUUGGCCGGAAACAUCACGUCGGCUGCGCCUCCGAAACAGCAACAGUCAGCCGCAGCUAUCGAGGUUGCGAAGGAGCGGGAAGCUCUGCAAUCACUGCUAGACUUGUUCUGCAAGUUGGGAAACGCUUACUAUCUCCUCAGCCGGUACUCUUCCGAAUCCGCGUGGGAGGAAUUCAACUCCCUCCCUGCCGCACAGCGGGAGACGCCUUGGGUGCUUGCUCAAAUGGGCCGUGCACAAUACGAGCAGGCAAGGUACAGCGAUGCUGCUGACCUAUUUGAGAAGGUCAAGAGAAUUGCACCUUCGCGGAUGGAAGACAUGGAGGUCUACUCGACUGUUCUAUGGCACCUCAAAGGAGAGACGGACCUUGCUUACCUUGCGCAUGAGCUCAUCGAAUCCGAUCGACUCUCCCCACAAGCAUGGUGUGCAAUCGGGAAUUCAUUUUCCCUUCAGCGUGAGCACGACCAAGCGGUCAAGUGCUUCCGGCGUGCCACUCAGCUCGACCCCAAGUUUGCGUACGCUUUCACUCUCCAAGGCCACGAGCACGUUGCGAACGAGGAAUUCGACAAGGCGCUUUUGGCUUACCGAAGCGCCAUCGCCGCGGAUAGCCGACACUACAACGGCUGGUACGGACUUGGCCGGGUGUAUGAAAAGAUAGGCAAAUACGAAGUUGCUGAAAAGCAUUACAAGAACGCGCACCACAUCAACCCGAGGAACCCUGUUCUCCUGGUGUGCAUUGGCGUGGUUCUGGAGAGGAUGCGGAAGCCGCAAGCAGCGUUGCUACAAUACAACGAGGCAUGCCGGCUCGAUUCUCGGAGCGCUCUGGCACGGUUCAAGAAGGCGAGAGUGUUGAUGAACUUGAGGAAGACCAGAAUGGCACUCGAGGAGCUGGAAAUCCUGAAGGACUUGGCGCCUGAUGAGGCCAACGUCCACUUCAUGCUUGGCAAGCUGUACAAGAUGAUGAGAGAUAAGACGAGCGCGAUCAGGCACUUUACCAUCGCGCUCAACUUGGAUCCAAAGGCGGCGCAGUAUAUCAAAGAAGCGAUGGAGUCGCUGGAAGACGACGAAGACGAUGAGUAUGACGAUGACGACGGCGCUUGA